UCUUCUCUUCUCCUCUUCUCCUCUGUCUCUCACUCUCACUCACUCUCUCUCUCUUUCUCCUCACUCACUGUGUCUCCACUCUCGUUACUGGACCAGCCCUUCUCUCCCAAAAGAGGAAGAGGAAAAAGAAAAAAGAUCUUAAAAAGUCCAUCAUUUUUCUUAAGACACUCGUUCGCCCUCCGCCCACCACAUUGAUGCCCUCCUAAGCAUCGACCCCCGGGGCCACCACAACCACAAACAACCACAACUACAACCAAAACAAUUACAAAACCAACAACAACAACAACAACAACAACAACAACCCACCACAAACAAACACACACCCAAGCGACAAUGACGCCCAAAGGCCAGGCCGCCCUCGGCCUCACCCUCUGCUUCAUCAUCCUGUCCUCGCUCGUCGUGGCCAUGCGCCUCUUCACGCGCUACCGCAUCCUGCGCAACGCGGGGCCCGACGACUGGCUCGUCGUCGUCGCGCACCUGUGCAAUGUCGCCUUGACCGUGACUAUUUGCGGGCAAGUCCACUACGGCAUGGGUCACCACACGUCCGAGCUCUCGCGCGCCUACCUCACCGGCACCAUGCAAUACUUCUACGCCAGCCUCCCGGCAUACUACCUUUCGCUAACAUUCACGAAACUGUCCCUCCUCCUGCAAUGUUUCCGGAUCUUCACUUCCGCAGACUUCGGGAUGCGGCUCGCGAGCUGGAUCCUGAUGGGGCUGGUCGUCUCGAUAGGCAUCUACACCGUGCUGGCGGACAUCCUGAUCUGCAUGCCUGUUAAGAAAUUCUGGGAUGAUAGCGUGGCCGGGUACUGUGUUAACGAGGAGGCGCUGUGGUUGACCAAUGCCGCGUUUAAUAUCUUGACGGAUAUGGCGAUUUUUUUGCUGCCGAUUAAGCGCGUGGCGGGGUUGCAGUUGGCGCCGAAUAAGAAACGUCUGCUGAUUGUCGUGUUUGGGACGGGGUUCUUGUAAGCUCUCCCCAAAACCCCAACUCCCCUUCCCCCAUUUCGAACCAAGCAAACACACAAACUGACACCACCACAGCGCCUGCAUAGCCAGCAUAAUCCGCCUGCACUUCCUGAUCAUAAUCUCGAACUCCACAGACCCCACCUUCGACAACUCCGGCGCCGCCGCCUGGUCGAGCAUCGAAGUCAACGUGGCCCUCAUCUGCGCCUGUCUCCCCAGCCUAAAACCCCUGAUCGCGCC